CUUGUUUUGCUCGCGAGGGCAUCAAUUUGUGCCGCGCAGCCAGCAACAGCAGUAUCCCAGUCCUCCUCCCUGGUUCAUCUAGAGCUGCCGCACCGAUGGCCGAGGUCGACGAGGCGACGGUGGACGAGCUCCCCUGUGCAUAUGCAUGGCAAUUGGAAGCUGAGAUCCGUGCGGGCACGCUAACUAGCACAAAGCUCAGCCAAUGCCUCUCCAAUGGCCUUGACCUCAACGCACCGAUGCCACCUAGGUCCAUAGUUCCGAUCCACCUCGCGGCUCACCAGGACAAGCCGGACUGCGUCCGCCUACUAAUUGCGGCGGGCGCGGAGCCGAAUCUGCGUGCGAAAGAUUCCGUUAGCGGAGAGACUGCGUUGCUAUUCGCGGCGCGGAAAGGAAGAACGCAAAAUGUCAUUGCUCUGCUCCGGGCCGGCGCCGACCCCAACCUCGCGUCGCUGAGCUCGGGGCUGACGGCGUUGGUGUAUAUGGCGGCACGGGGCAGCGUGCAAGGUGUCGCCGCGCUCCUUGCCGCUGGCGCCGACGCCGAUGUGGUCGACACGGCUUCGGCGGGGGAGCUCACCGCAUCCAUGACGCCCAUGCGUGCCGCCAUCAUGACAGGAAAUCCGAAUGUAUUGCCAACCCUGCUGCGCGGCGGCGCCGGAAAUUGCAUCGGGCACUAUGAGGGCGCCCUACAAAAAAUACUCAACCGCAACGAGUCCGACGACGAUUCCGACGACGAUUCGCGCACGGCGCGCGAGGGGCAUAGAGCCGCCCUUAUCUACUUACACCGGGUCGCCAAGGCCGGCGGUUACCGGAAAUACGAGCGAAUGCGGCGCGCGGCGGUCAUGGCGAUGGUCGUCCGCAACAGCAAGCUGCCCGAUGCGCUCCGGAUCUGGGUCGAGCACGUGGCGGACAGCUUCCCGGAUCCGCUGGAAGAGAGGAGGCCAAGUGGAGCGCGAGUGCGACUCAGCCCCUGAUGCCCGACGUCUGUGC